AUGACGACAUCCGCUAGUUUUGGAGAGUCUAUAAAUCAGAAAUCUUCGCAGUCGACAAUUACACCCAAAAAAGAAGAGAAGAUGGAGACACAGAUGCAAACUCAACAUAUCGACUUCGGAAACCAGCAGAUUCAACAGAUUCCUCUUCAAAUUGUCGAUUCGAAUGGAAACCAGUUCAUGGUCGCGGCUGGAGAAAUGAUCCAAGGACAACCGAUUCAGGCCAUCGACGGUAAUGGUCAGCAGAUCAUUAUGAAUCAGCAGGGUCACCAAAUGAUCCCAGUGCAAAUCAACCCGCAGCAGAUCCAGCCGAGCUCCUACCAAUACAGUGAGGAAAAUGGCAACCAAGUUCUUGUGACCAGCUCUGACAAUCAAAUGUACAUUGAGAGACCAAACGAAAGUCAAAAACACAACGAUGAAAAGCAAUUCGUCAGCCUCUCUACUGUUAUGUCCGAGCCAUCUAAAGUUUCGAAUACAACAGUAUCGAUGAAGACCGAACCUGGCUCUGCAUCGUCUACCAGACAGCUUCAGCAAAUACAGCCCCAAACAGCGGCGCAAAUCAUCACUGUCCAGGACGAAAAAGGAAACCAACAACAGGUUCUUUACCAGGUUCCGCAGCAACAGAUUCAGCCCUCACAGCAAAUUCUUGUCCAAAAUCAGUACGGAUACCAGCUACAGGCGGUGCCAAUUCAGCUGGUGAACCAACAACAGCAUCAGCAACAACAGAUUGUUAUUGUUGAACAAGGAGGUACACGACAGCAGCUCAUUCAGGUUCAACCUGAUCAGCGAGAUCAACCUCCUGCAAAGAAACUAAGACAAGAGAGGACAAUCGAUAGAGAUAUUCCAGCAAAGUCCUCUGCUGUGUUCUUAGAAAUGGCAAAAUAUUCAGCUGAUGAUUUUAAAAUGUGUACUACACAGUUUUCCAACAAAAAGAACGAUAGCUUUGGCACGACUCAACCUGCAUCAAGCCACCCUGCCCAAGAAACCAAUUACGGUGGCUUUGGAGAGGGUGUUUGCGCAGUCUGUGGCGAUCGCGCACGAUGGCAACAUUAUGGGGUCCUUGCUUGCGAAGGGUGCAAAGGAUUUUUCAAGCGAUCGGUACAGAAAAACGCCCAGUACGUGUGUUUGGGUAACAAGCAGUGCAAUGUUGAUAAGAAGACACGCACACACUGCCCUUAUUGCCGGUAUCAGAAGUGUAUCCGCGUCGGCAUGAUUAAAAAUGUAGUCCGGUCAGAUAAAUCUAAAGGGCAAGGCAAGGGCACAGUGACACUCACCAAGACGUCACCGCCUCGGGUGGCCGAAAUAAACGACAAGUGA